AAAUCGAAUGGCUUUAUUGCUGGGGGAGUGUUUUCUACGUUAAAAGAAGAUUUGAGAAAUCUUUUCUAUUAUAGAACACAAGCGUUAUUGAGAAAGGAUUAUAGUUCCAGGAACUCCUAUGGUCUAUAAUCCGGAAAUAAUAUUUUGGUAUUUGACAGAGUGAAAUGAAGAGAUUGCUGUGUGUUUGCAGGUUUGUAUAAGAUUUGAUCAAAAGAGGCAGAGGAACGUGUUCCCUUAUUACCCCAAGGAAAAGAGGUUUAUAACGUAAAGGUACUUUUAAUAAAAUGACGCAAUAUUUACCCCCAAACUUGCUGGCGUUGUUUGCCGCACGGGACCCAAUCCCGUAUAUGCCGCCAGUCGACAAAUUGCCCCAUGAGAAAAAAUCCAGAGGUUACUUGGGAGUAGGUAAUUUUUUAAAUGAUUUUGAAGAUCCAAAAGAUACACCUCCGCCAAAGAAAAUGGAAACUCGACAGGAGAGACUGGAGAGACGCCGGCGAGAAAAAGCCGAACAGGUAGCGUAUAAGUUGGAACGAGAGAUAGCAUUGUGGGACCCUCAAGAAAUCAAAAAUGCUACAGAAGAUCCCUUUAAAACACUCUUUGUUGCACGAGUAAACUAUGACACCUCCGAGUCCAAGUUGAGAAGGGAGUUUGAAAUCUAUGGUCCAAUUAAGAAAAUUGUCAUGAUUCAUGACCAAGAUACUGGUAAGCCCAAAGGUUACGCUUUCAUCGAAUAUGAACAUGAACGUGAUAUGCAUGCGGCGUAUAAACAUGCUGAUGGUAAAAAGAUUGAUAGUAAACGUGUCCUCGUUGAUGUGGAGAGAGCACGAACAGUUAAAGGAUGGUUGCCUCGUCGUUUAGGUGGUGGUCUUGGCGGCACUCGGCGUGGUGGUAACGAUGUCAACAUUAAACAUUCAGGUCGAGAAGACAAUGAACGAGAACGUGAGCGUUAUAGAUUAGAACGUGAACGCGAAGACCGUGAGAAUGCCCGUGUCGCAGAAAGAGGUCGUUUUGGCGAUGGUAUACGACGAAGAUCCCGAUCCCGUGACCGUAUUAGAGACAGAGAACGUGAACGUACGCGUCGUUCACGAAGCCGAUCCAGGGACCGUAAAAAACGUCGUGGAAGUCGCGAUCGUGACUACGACGAGUACGAUAGACGUGAUAGGCGCGACAAAGAUAGGGAAAGAGACCGCAAAAAGAAACGUUCAAAAUCGCGAGAGCGAGAGUCAUCUCGCGAGCGACGUGAAAGAAAACGGGAGCGCCGUGACAAAGAUAGGGACCGCAGAGACUCGAAAGAACGCAAACCUGACUUCAGGGACAUGGACGUUAUUAAAAUUAAAGAAGAACCUAUUGAUGACGGUUACCCAACGUACCCCAUGUAUCCAUCUGCAGCCAUUAAAAGAGAAUCCGACGAAGACGAAGAAAAAUUUCGACCUCAGCAUGAAAUGUUUAGUGUUCCGCCUCCACCAAUACCAGGGCGCGGAGUUAAUCCCGAAAAUGGUCAAAAUGCAGCGGAUCCACAACAACAUUGGUGGCGAUAAAAUCAACAACAUUAGUAAGGCCAUCUACAAAACUUACACGUUAGAUCAAGUUUUCAUAUAUCUCAGAUGGAAAUCUUUAAAUACUUAUUUAAAGGCAAGAGGAAACUUCUGGAGUUGAGAAAUAGUAUUUAGUCUUUCUAUGGUACAUCCCUUUUAUUUUGUCUUUAAACUAAAAACAAAAAGUAGUUUUAGUUUUUCGAAAACUGCCGUCAACUAGCAAAUAAGACUAAUUAAUAUCCCUCGGAUUUAUAUUCUUAUAAGAUAUAAUGUGCAUUGAAAACAUUAUUUGAGCCGCAUUGUUUGCUGGUUGAUUGCAGCUUUCCUCAAUAAGCUUUUAAAUAAAAUUUAGAAAAAUUCUAAAAUCUUUUAAUAACUUCACAAAAUUUUUGUCAUUAAUUUAAGAGCUUAUUUCUUAUAAAACAACAGAAAAAGAAAUUAUUUUAAUUAGCUAUGUAUGCUCAUAUAUUGUAUGAUUGAUCUAACGCAGUAUGCAACAAAUCUUAUAUACCAAUUAAGUAAUAUUUACCCACAAUUAAUGUGUGUGUGAACAAACUAAAAAAUGAAACAGUAAGUAAAAUAUACAACAAAACAAAA